GGAGAUGGCGGACCGUGUCGCCGCGACCGUGACGAGGGCAGCGGGACCGCCAUUGGACGAGGCGUCCUGAGGGACGGACGAGGCGUCCUGAGAGACGGACCAGCCUGCCGCCCAAGCCGAGAGCGGGCUGGUGUCCCCGAGAGAACGCGGACGAUGGAGGCCAACGUGCCGAAGCGGAAGGAGCCCGCCAAGUCCCUCCGCAUCAAAGUCAUCUCCAUGGGCAACGCCGAAGUGGGAAAAAGCUGCAUCAUAAAGCGGUACUGUGAGAAGAGGUUUGUGUCUAAAUACCUGGCAACCAUCGGAAUUGACUAUGGAGUUACAAAGCUGCAAAUCAGAGACAGGGAAGUCAAGGUCAACAUCUUUGAUAUGGCUGGGCAUCCCUUCUUCUAUGAGGUUCGGAAUGAGUUUUACAAGGACACGCAGGGUGUGAUCCUGGUCUAUGACGUUGGACAGAAAGAUUCCUUCGAUGCCCUUGAUGCGUGGCUGGCAGAAAUGAAGCAGGAGCUUGGGCCUCAUGGAAACAUGGAGAAUAUCAUAUUUGUAGUGUGCGCCAACAAGAUCGACUGUGCCAAGCACCGCUGUGUAGAUGAAAGUGAAGGGCGCCUGUGGGCGGAGAGCAAAGGGUUCCUGUACUUCGAAACUUCGGCACAAACCGGGGAAGGAAUCCAUGAGAUGUUCCAGACCUUCUACGUAUCCAUUGUUGAUUUAUGUGAGAAUGGCGGAAAGCGGCCUGCCACAAACAGCAGUGCUAGUUUCACCAAAGAGCAAGCAGACACCAUUCGCAGAAUCCGAACCAGUAAAGACAGUUGGGACAUGCUGGGUGUCAAGCCUGGGGCCUCAAGGGAUGAAGUCAACAAGGCAUACCGGAAGCUGGCUGUACUGCUGCAUCCUGACAAGUGCGUGGCACCCGGCAGUGAAGAUGCCUUCAAGGCUGUAGUGAAUGCCCGUACCGCCUUGCUGAAGAACAUCAAGUAGCAGGCGGGGGCACUGCCAGGCUGGGCCCCAGGUGCAAACCUAGAUGCCCUCCUGCCAGCCAUUCGUACACUAGGCACUGAGCGCACAGUGCCCUUCAUAGACAUUUUACGGAGUGGCAUGUGACUCUUUGAGGCCCAGAGGACCAAGCAUCACUCACCUGUGCCCUGGCAUCUUUCCAGUUAGUGUGACUUCCUUUGGCACCUGUAGCCUCUGGGAUUCUAGCAGGGGUCCCUGUGGGAGGGAGGAGGAUGGGGCCUUUUCACUUUUCCUCUGAGUUUAUCACUCCCCCAAUCCCACUCCCACCCCACCAGGAUGGAGACGGCCAGAACCAGCAGAGCCCUGGGUGGGGGAGGUCGGUGCGGUCUUGCAAGGCAGCUGCUCCUGUCACUGUGAGUUCCUUAGGUGAGAUUUUAUCAUCAGUCUGUAAUUGGCAAGCUCCACCCCAUGCUUGCAUUCCUGGGGAGGCUUGUCAAGUGACCAGAACCAUCCCAGCUGUCCCCUGUGACCACCAGGAGGGAGGCAAGCCAUUCCUGAGAGUGAGUGAAUGGCGGUUCCAGGGCAGGCGUCCCUGCAGGUCAAAGCUGGAGAUGUUGGGAGAAGCCCAUCUAGUGCAGGCUAUGGGUGCGGACUGUGGGUGCUGCACUGACCCAGCUUGUCCUUUAUUCUGCAGCAUUUGCCACUGCUCGGGGGAAGGCAGGGGUGCCCCGCCAGUGACCACUCCUUUAACUCCUUUAACUUCCUGGUUUCUGGUUUGUCUCUCUCUCCCUUCUCACUGUGUUGCCCCCCCCCCCCCCGUGCCCCCCGUGCUGUCCUGUCUGUGUCCUUGAGUCUGUAGUUCCUUGCCACAGUCUCCUUUAUCAUCCUUUCCAAGCCUUGACCUGGGCCCAGUUGGCCAGAGACAAGUGUGCUGUGGGUGGUGGGUGGUAGGGAAGAUGAUAGAGAGUGGAGAGGAAGUUCUUGUGUUUUCUGGGCUCCAGUUGCUGCUGAGGAACGCUCUCAGACCACAGACGUUGCCGAGGGGAGUCUGCGGAAAAGCACAGUGUCUUGCCCCAGGCUCUUCCUGGGCCUAUGAGGAUGGGUGACUAGUGAGGCUCAGGCCUUGUCUUGCAGCUUCCACUGGGCGGUCUGCCUUCUUACAACACUGUUCUUGGUAGGUGACCUCUGUUUGGCUGUAACCACAUUGCACUAAUUGGGGCCCAGAAGUACUUUAAAUGUUUCUGUGCAGUGAUUUUAUGUACCCUGAUCUCCACGUGGGAUGCUCCUGACUGCCUCAGCUGACAAGCUGCCUCCUGAGACUUCAAGCCCAUGGUGGCCCCGGGGCAUCUUCACCUCUCCCAGAGCAGCUGCACCCUGAAUGGCUGGGGUUGGAUGCCCCGGAAGCAGGGUGUUUCUCUGAGGAAGAUCUUUCAUCUUAGUGAAACCAAAAUGCUUUUCUUUAACAAUUGGAGACUUGACCUGUGGUUUCUUGGGAGACUUGCCCUCUGGCCUGGAAACUAGUUUGUGAGACUGCAGGACUCUAGUCCCGAAUCAUAAAUUUUGCUCACAGUUGUCAGAAUACCUGGCACACUUCAGCUCGGGAUCUGUCCCAGGGCCGAUCAGAGCCAUAUGAGUGAAUGAUUGCGGGCAGUGGGGACUUCUGUAAAAGCUGGUGCCAGUUCUCAUGCUGCCCCUCAAUAUAAGGAGGUCUCAAAAAGGUCACGAAACUGUAUGAAUCCCCCUGUGUGUGACCCUUUUGAAGCCCCAGCUACUGACCAGUCACCUCCUUUGCUCCUGGUGACCAGGGCAGCGAGAGCAGCGACUCUCCCGGGUAUCUGCUCACAUCCUCGGGGUGCCUGCUGCCCGCUCUCCGCUGCCUGCAUCUUAGGCCCUGGGACUCAGACCUGUUAUCACCAUAAGGACGGCUGCAUACAGCCUCCGCUCUAUGGUACAUGAGAAUAAAGUUAGAAAGGGAAACUGCAGGGGCCUAUAAUCUUUAAGCAUAAUAUUAAGAAAUAACAAGGCAUGACUUCAUGCAGAAGUUAAUAUGCAUUUACUUCAAUUCUUGGUGCAGCCCUGUGCAAUGUGGUUUAACCUGAUUGAAAAGUCUUCUGUCAAUUGGGGUUUCAAAGCACAUCAGUGAGAGAAUCAACUAACAGAAUAAUUCCAAUGACUGAAACAACUUUUAUAUAAAGAAUCUGGGUUUUAAAAAGAAAAAAAUUGAACAGCAGUUAUUAAAAAAAAAAGCCAUGUCUUCUAUAUUCCUAGAUAACAGGAAGUGGCAGGUUUUUAACUUGGAAAUCCUGGAGACAUUUCGCACUGCUGUCCUAGCCCAUCGAAGCACUUUAAAACACACCCUCCUCUGCUUCUCUUUCCUUUGUGUGCCUUUUUGACUUGAUAGUCCGAAGUGUCAGCAUCUCUUACUUUAGCUUGUCAUUGUGUUUCUUCAUGUAAAUGUGCCCCUGGCUUGGUGAGCCUGUGCACUUACAAGUCCCGACUCGAAGGGUCGCUACGUUCUGAUCCAUGAUGAAUCGCCAUAAUUCUGCAGAUUGCACGCCAUUUUUAAAGUCUUAUGUUGACCUCAGGAAACUUAACUCUCGUAUGCUCUCAUAUACUGAAUUCUCAGCUGGCUGUGUUUCUGUAUGCCUAACAGCCAGUACCCAGUUUACUGUCCGCUAAAUGAGCCAAGGAGGAGGCAGCUGUGUUCCUGAGUCAUGGUCUGCAGCCACCACAAGCUCGGAAUGGCUCAAAAAGGAGCUGGUCCUCACGGGACAAUGCCAAAACUGGGGAGUGCUUGUGGGCUCCAGGCAGCAAAGGGGAGAGGGUCACAGGGAGCCGUGCACACAUGGUCUUGUGACAAGGACAGUGCCCUUCAUCCAGAAGUAGGACUUCCUCCACCCCUGCACCCCCCAAGCUCACUCUGAGACCACUCACACUUUUGUAAAACUGGAAAGUGGAUUUACCUGCCAAGAGUGCUAACUGUCUUGGACUGGCAGCGUCCUAAAGUAAAGCACAGCCUGCACUCAUAACGUGUAGCACAGUUAUAGGCACAGGCACUCACAUUCCUCCAUUGGUUUUUUUCCAUUAAGCAUUUCCAGAGAAGACAAGCGCUUACACUUGUGCCAGGGAUGAGUGUGUGACAAACAGUGCAAUAUUAAGCCGUGCAAUAGAGGCCCUGCAGGUGACGUGCCUGUUGUCGGGAAGUCAGACCGCUUGGGCAUCCCUUCCCCCUUCGACUGUGAAUGCAGAAUGCACAGUGUGUUAAACAAGUCCUUGCUCUUACAAGGUAAUUUACAUAUUUGCUUUCUGUUGAAAUAACUGUAAAUGCUAAAUCUACCACUUGUUUAUGUCUGAUAAACAGAGUGUCAUAUGUAUUUAAGUUGUGUAUUUUUAUAAAGUAAAACCAAAUAUCAAGCAC